AUGGGAUUCAGAGAGGGUCUGGGUGAUCACAGUUCCCUGCUGGGCUACGGAGGUUGCAAUAGCGGGCUGGGUGUCCUAGCCAACUGGGAAGAAUGGUGGACCUAUGACGGAAUCUCAGGUCCCGACUUCUGGGGCCUGCUGAACCCGGACUGGAACCUGUGCAGCAAGGGCCGUCGCCAGAGCCCCGUGGACCUGAACCCCGGAUCGCUGCUCUUCGACCCGCACCUCAAGCCCCUGCACAUCGACAAGAGCAGGAUCAGCGGCCUGGUGACCAACACGGGCCACGGCGUCAUCUUCCGGGUGUCGGACACCCUGGCCCCGGGUCUGGCGGUGAACAUCUCCGGCGGCCCGCUGUCCUACCAGUACCGGGUCCACGAACUGCACAUCCACUACGGGCGUUCCGACGACCGCGGGUCCGAACACACCGUCGCCGGAAAGCCGUUCCCGGCAGAGGUGCAGAUCUUCGGGUACAACUCUGACCUGUACGCCAACAUGUCGGAGGCCAUGGAGCUGCGGCGGAGCGAGGGACUCGUCGGCAUCUCCAUACUUCUCCAGUUGGGUGACCUGUCCCACUCGGAACUCCGGGUUCUGACGGGUCAGCUACAUCGGAUAACCUACAGAGGUCAGGAGGCGGUGCUGAAGCACCUGUCCAUCAAGGAGCUGCUGCCGGCCACGGAGCACUUCAUGACGUACGAAGGCUCGCUCACGAUGCCCGGAUGUUACGAGACGGUCACGUGGAUCGUCAUCAACAAGCCCAUCUACAUCACCAAGCAGCAGCUGUACCUGCUGCGCAAGCUGAUGCAGGGCGACGAGCUCAAUUCCAAGGCUCCGCUGUCGGACAACUUCCGGCCCACACUUCCGGUAAACCAGCGCCUCAUCCGGACCAACAUUGACUUCAAGUGGAAGCAGGGUUCCAACUGUCCUUCGAUGUACAAAAACAUGUAUUAUCAAGCGAACACCAAGUUCGUGGGACCCUGA